GAUAUGGAGUGAGAAUAUUUAUUAGAAUAAGUGAAUAACCCACCCACCCCCCCCCCCCCCUCAAUUAUAAAGACUUACAUUGUGCUGCCACAUAUUUCAGACACAAAUCUUGAGUUAAAGAGAAUCAAACUAGAUUAACCCAAUCCUAUUCUAUGUUUGAUCACCAAUACACUCACACAUAUAUAUACACACACAUACUACACUUACACAUAUCAUUUCUCUUUUGUUCUUUUUCUCUUCCAGAAACUGGAACAUGGCAGAUCAGAAUAUCCAACAUAUUCAACAUACACAACAUCAAAAUCAGGAUUUGAAUUUGGUUUUAUCUAGCGAUGCGAAACCGAGACUCAAGUGGACUCCUGAGCUUCACCAACGGUUCGUCGAUGCAGUCGCGCAGCUUGGAGGCCCGGAAAAAGCAACGCCGAAAUCCUUGAUGCGAGUCAUGAGCAUUCAUGGGCUUACUUUGUACCACUUAAAGAGUCAUUUACAGAAAUUUAGGCUGGGAAAAAUUCAACAGUCACCAGCUUGCAGUGAAAGUAAGCAAGAAGAUGAUCAUAAGAGUGAUGUCACAAGUAUGGAUCACAACGAUGAAACCCCGAAUCAGAAUAACGAAAGCUUAAAGAUUGCUCAAGCUCUUCAGAUGCAAAUGGAAGUGCAAAGAACACUUCAUGAACAAAUAGAGGUACAAAGACAUUUACAGUUAAGAAUUGAGGCGCAAGGAAAGUAUCUACAGUCAGUUUUAAAAAAAGCGCAAGACACACUUGCGGGGUAUAAUUCAUCGACUAUAGAAGUGGAAGUCGCGAAAGCUGAGCUGUCACAGUUAGUUUCCAUGGUGGACAACGGAUGUCCGAGUUCUUUAUCAGUUCUUACAGAACUAGAGAAUUCAAGUUUAAAAAUGGAUACUGAAACAAACCCGAAAACCAAAUCGUCAUUAGAAAGCUCAUUAACGUCGUCUGAGAGUUCUGGAAGAAACGAAAAGGAUAAUCUUGUUUUGUCAUUGAUGGAUGUGAAGCCCGAGAAUCAGAGUGAGAAUAGUAAUUUUGGGAGUGGAAGGAAGAGAAGUGGGAGUACAAUAUCAGAUGGUAAUUGUCAAGUUAGUAAGAGUAAGAGGUUUGAUUUGAAUAGUGAAUAUGUGAAUGACGUUGACUUUGACUUUGAGUCAAGGUCAUACACAUUGGAUUUGAACUCCAAGUGAAGUUAAACUCUUAUGUGGAGAAACUUUUGGUGGUCUUUUGUGAUAUUGGUGAUGGAUGGAGGGUUUGUGAUAUAUAUGUAUGUCAUUUAGAAAUAUCAUAUAGUAUAUAAUAUAUAUCCAUUUAAAGAAGUAUAUAAAUUAUGUAUUCUACAUUUGGUGGCAGAUAAUUUGUUCAUGCAUAGGGUAGUUGUACCCAACUUGUCAAAUAGUGUACAUUGAAUAUGACAAAAAAAAACCUAAUUUUA